AUGUCGCUCAGCCCCAAACACACGACUCCUUUCUCCGUCUCCGACAUCCUGAGUCCCAUGGAGGAGACCUACAAGAAGUUCGGCGCCAUGGAGGGUAGCCUGGGUGCACCUUUGGGCGUGGGCGCCACCGCCUACCGCCAGACCUCAAGUUCAGCCCUCCAGUCCCAGCAGCAGCACCCCAUGGCAGGCCACAAUACUGCCGCCUACCACCCCAUGGCCCAUGCUGGGGUCUCGCAGUUCACUCACGGUUCAGUGGCUGGCUAUUGCAACGGCGGGCUGGGCAACGUAGGCGACCUGGCGUCCUAUCCAGACAGCGUGCGCAGCAGCACAGCAGCCUCCGGCUGGUAUGGAGCCAACCCGGAUCCCCGGUACCCCACGAUUUCCAGGCUGAUGGGCCCUUCCGGGGCCAUGAACAUGGCCGGCAUGGGAGCUCUGUCGGGAAUCGCGGAGGCUGCCAAAUCCAUGGCUCCCGGUCUUCACGCCACUCCGCGGAGGAAAAGGAGAGUGCUUUUUUCGCAGGCCCAGGUCUAUGAACUGGAGAGGCGCUUCAAGCAGCAGAAGUAUCUUUCGGCGCCCGAGAGGGAGCACCUCGCCAGCCUAAUCCAUCUCACGCCCACCCAGGUGAAGAUCUGGUUCCAGAACCACCGCUACAAGAUGAAGCGGCAAGCCAAAGACAAGGCGGCUCAGCAGUUGCAACAGCAACAGCCGCCGGAGGGACCCAGCCUGUGCCAGCCGCCGGCCUCAACCCAAGCGGCAUCUCCGAGACGCGUGGCGGUGCCCGUCUUGGUCAAGGACGGCAAGCCCUGUCCGCACAGCGCAGCCGCCGCCGGUCAAGCCCACCCGCAGACGCAAGGGACCUCGCUGGGCCAAGCCCCGGACCUGGAGCAGAUGUCUCCGAGCCCCCCUUCCUUGCACGGCCAAGUGAGCUCUCUGGCCCAGAUGGACGCGGCUGCUGUCGAUUAUAGCGGCGGCCUGGUCAAUGCCAGCUUGCUCUACGGGCGGACAUGGUAA